UAACAAAGAUUAUUAACUGCGAAACUCAGUUCUUCAGAAAAAUAUAAGUAAUCCCAAAGGAAAAGCCGUCAAACAUAAUGAGCUAGUUCAUCAGUUUGGGAGUGUAUGUAGCCAUGCAUAUAAAUGUGUACGUUUUCUUUUCCUUAGUUCCACCACAAGCUGUCAUGAUCAUGGAUGAAAGAGGUCAGAAACUGAAGAGAUUAGCAGGCCCGUAUGAUGAAGGAGCCUAUCUGUCUUUAGUCUGCGAAGCUGAAGGAGGAAAUCCUGCUCCUAUUGUCACUUGGUGGAGAGAAGGUGCCCUCUUGGAUGAUACAUAUUUCCGGACAUCGCAAGGCUUGGUCAGAAACGAGCUAGUUAUUAUGGAGCUAAAGCGUUCGGAUUUCAUGGUGGAGCUCACCUGUAAAGCAUCCAACACAAACCUAACAGAACCUAUUAAUGCAUCCAUUAGAAUUGAUUUGAACAUGAAACCUUUAUACGUACGCAUCACUACAUCCCAAAAGGCCCUAAAGGUGGGUGACAGCUUGAGACUCGAUUGCGAAACAUCUGGAUCUCGCCCUGCAGCGAAAAUUGUCUGGUGGAUGGACAAUAAGAUCCUUCAGAAUGAGAAACAGUCUUUUUUCACAAAUAGAAACGUCACCUACAGCAGCAUUAACCUCAGCCCAGGAGUCGACGACAACGGUAAAGUAGUCAUUUGCAAAGCAGAAAACCCGGCACUGCCGCACAGCGAUAUGCAGGAUUCUUGGUACCUCAACAUACACUUUCCUCCAGAGGUAUCUCUACAAUUUGGAGCCAACAUCAAAUAUUCAUCCAUCAAAGAAGGCAACGACGUAUAUUUAGAAUGCGUCAUCAAAGCAAAUCCUCCUGUAUCUGAACUGACUUGGUUCUUUGAAGGCAUACCUUUUUACGGAAAUGCAUCUGCUGGAAUUAUAAUUUCUAAUCAGUCUCUAGUGCUGCAAAGAGUUCGCAAAGAACAUCGUGGAAAAUACAGAUGCUUAGCAGCAAAUACUGAAGGUCAAGGUCAAAGCUUAGACCUAUUGUUGGAAGUGCGAUAUGCUCCUACCUGCAAAUCGACUCAGAAAAGUGUCUAUGGUGUAGCGAGGAAUGAAGUUGUAAACGUUACCUGCGAAGUGGAAUCCGAUCCUAGUGACGUCACUUUCCGUUGGGCACUCAACAAUUCAAUCGAGAGCGUAGCUUUGCAUAACUUUACAUCCCAUGGUGCUUAUAGCGUCCUAACUUUCACUCCCAAAGCUAUGCCUGAAUUCGGAGCUUUACUCUGUUGGGGCAGAAAUGUCGUCGGAGAGCAGAAGGAACCAUGCGUCGUUCGCAUUAUACCAGCAGCAUGAUGGAAACGUACCAGAAAAUCAGCAUGAAGAACAGCAUCCAAAUAUUCGCAGUAAGUAAAUUUUCCUAUAUUGCAGAGAAUGCGAAUAAUGUCCGAAGGUGGCUGAAUUCACCUCUAUUUAGAUUUCGAACAGAAGAACAGAACAGAUUUUGAAUAGAAGAAGUUUCUUUAGUAGGACAAUCAAUUUCUUUUUUUUUUCUUUUCUUUUUUUUUUUUUUUUUCAAUUAAAUUCAACUCUUCACCUUGCAACUGUAAAUUGACGUCAUUAAAUAUUUUAAACAGGUCUGUCAAAUAAGCGAUGUCAUUUUUCGAUGUAAUC